AUUGGGUCUUUGCUCCAGUCACAUUUUCAAGCAAAAAUACUGUCUCACAGAGAUAAAGUUUCAAUCUUUAUGGCUGGAAAUUGGAAAAGGAAUGGGGCUUGGAGCUUUGUAUGGAGAUAUUGAAACCAAUCUUCAGGCCUUCAAGAAAUUUUGACUGAGUGAGUAAUCAGGGUUUAUUUAGCAAAGAAAAGAUUUAGUGAUUUAGGGUAUUUAGGUAUAAUAUAAGGAGAUUGAGAAACCAUGAUUGAUGUGAUGAGUUCAGUGAAUAAGCCCUUGAAUGAAGUGGAGAGGUGUUUGGAUUCCCAGCUAUGGCAUGCCUGUGCUGGUGGGAUGGUUCAAAUGCCAUCUGUGAACUCCAAAGUGUUUUAUUUUCCACAGGGCCAUGCUGAGCAUGCCCAAAAGGCUCUGGAUUUUGGGGGUUUUCCUAGAAUUCCACCUUUAGUUCUGUGUAGAGUGGCAUCCAUAAGGUAUUUGGCUGAUUUUGAGAGUGAUGAGGUUUAUGCCAAGAUUAGAUUGGUUCCAUUGAAGGGGAAUGAAUGUUGUGAUGGUGAUAUGGAUGGGGGGAUUCCCGGGUUCGAUAAGAAUGAGAAUCAGGAGAAACCUAAUUCGUUUGCCAAGACUUUGACACAGUCUGAUGCAAAUAAUGGAGGGGGUUUCUCGGUUCCGAGGUAUUGUGCUGAAACCAUUUUUCCUCGGCUGGAUUACUCGGCUGAGCCCCCGGUCCAGACCAUCUUGGCUAAGGAUGUUCACGGGGAGACAUGGAAGUUUAGGCAUAUUUAUAGGGGGACGCCAAGGCGUCAUCUAUUGACGACUGGGUGGAGUAAUUUCGUGAACCAGAAGAAGCUUGUGGCUGGGGAUUCAAUUGUGUUCUUGAGGGCAGAAAAUGGGGAGCUUUUUGUUGGGAUUCGAAGGGCGAAGAGAGGGAUUGGGAAUGGACCCGAGGCUACUUCUGGGUGGAAUACGGGGGCAGGGACUUACACCUCCUCGCUGUACCAGGGAUUUUCGGGGUUUUUUAGUGACGACGAGAAGAAGUUUAUGCGGAAUGGUCAGGGUGGAAAUUGUGAUGAGGGUCUGAGAGGGAGAAGCAAAGUUCGAGGUGAAUCCGUUGUUGAAGCUGCAACACUUGCUGCAAAUGCCCAGCCUUUCGAGGUCGUUUACUAUCCCCGUGCCUGCACCCCAGAAUUCGUAGUCAAGGCCUCUGCAGUGAGGGCAGCAAUGAGAAUCCAGUGGUGCUCGGGGAUGAGAUUCAAGAUGCCCUUCGAGACCGAAGACUCUUCUCGGAUUAGCUGGUUCAUGGGAACCAUUUCUUCUGUUCAAGUCGAUGACCCCAUCCACUGGCCUAAUUCCCCAUGGCGCCUUCUCCAGGUAGCGUGGGACGAGCCAGACUUGCUUCAGAACGUGAAGCGAGUUAAUCCAUGGCUGGUUGAGUUGGUAGCAAAUAUGCCUCCGAUUCAUUUAUCGCCUUUCUCACCGCCAAGGAAGAAGCUGCGGCUUCCACAACCUCUGGAAUUUCCCACCUCGGGCCAGUUUUCGCUGCCAUCACUACUCAGCAAUCCCCUAAUUCCCAGCAGCCCUUUGUCUUGUGUAUCAGACAACAUUCCUGCAGGCAUACAGGGAGCCAGGCAUGCACAAUUUGGGCUAUCGUUAACGGAUCUCCACUUCAACAAACUGCAGGGAGGGCUGUUCCCGUUUGGAUACAGAGAGUUCGAUCGCACUAUCUCGCCUAAAACGCCUUCGGGCAGCUUAAAGGCCAGUUCUGAUAAUGAUGACAACCUAUCUUGCCUAUUGACAAUAGGGAAUGCCAGCCCAAAUUUAAAGCAAAAUAACGAAAAGAAAGCCCCGACCCCGAAGCUAAUGUUGUUUGGAAAAGCGAUCCUCACUGAGCAGCAGAUGUCCCAGAGCUGCUCGGGAGAGACAGUGAACCUUUCUGAUGGUUCAGGAUCUGCGCUUCUUCAUAGUGGUCCAACCGAGAACUCCAGAGACGAACCCUUCCCCUGGUACAAAGACGAGAAAUCUGAAACCGGUCAUUGCAAGGUGUUCAUGGAAUCUGAUGACGUUGGGCGCACUCUCGACCUGUCCGCCCUUGGCUCGUACGAGGAGCUGUACCGAAAACUGGCCAGCAUGUUUGGCAUCCAAAGAUCAGAGAUGCUAAGCAAUGUGCUUUACCAGGAUACCACCGGUUCUGUUAGGCACACCGGGGACGAACCCUUCAGCGAGUUCAUCAAGACGGCUAGAAGGCUCACCAUUCUAUCGGAUUCAAGCAGUGACAAUGUAGGCAGAUAGAGACCCUUAGCUGAUGAUCUGUGUAAAAUGUAGGCUCAAAUUGCUACAUUUGUAAUCCCUAUUUAUUUAAUUUCCUUGUUUAAUCUCUGCCAUGAAUUGUAUAGGAGGAAGUCUCCUUCAAAAAUCUAUGUAGAAUUAAGCUUUCUAAUACCAACAACUCCAUAGUUCCUGUUUCUUGAUCUUAAUUAGUUUGUAUUUUAUCUCUUAAA